AUGUUUUACAGUCACGAAAUCCUCAAUAGCCACAAGCAUGGGGUGUCCACCAUCUGGCUCGUCGCCACGAUAGGCAAUAGAUCAAGCACGAGAAAGGUCACCAAGAAGGCAAUCCAGGGCGUCAAUGUAGAGAAGGCAUGCGGCACAAUCUUGGAACCUGGUGCUCCCAUUGCGCUUCGUCUGCAAGGGAACCUCCUCUACGGCGUCUCAAGAGUAUACAAUCAGCAGUGCGACUACAUGCUGAGCGACGCGCAGAAGGUCCAUGCCAAUAUGGAGUUCUUUUUUCGUAGGCUCGGCGCGCACGAGCUCGACAUGGAGCAGGCCAAGUCACGGCCUGACCAACUUCUUAUCAUGAACGACCCCGACUUCGUUCCCGAAUUGCUCCUUCCCAAGUUCGAUCUCGAAGCGAAUGUCGUCAACAGCCAGUUGACAACAAAGACCACUUCACAAUUGUCGCCUGCGGAGUCGUCGUUCGGAUCACUUAGUUCUGACCCCCGUGCAUUCCCCAUUCAGCUCGACUUGAGCCAGUCUCUUACACCCGAUCACCGAGUUGCGCAGUUUCCGGGUCUCGAAGGACUUUCCUCAGCACACAAGUCGCACGUCAUGCCAGGUGACGAGAAGUUGACCGCACUGCCUGGUAUCGAGGAUGACUUCGGGGGCAUCGAGGAAUGGGGCGUGGAGAUAGAUGAAUUCGGGAACAUCAGCACUCGGGAAGAGCCGGACCUACCGCCUAUGUUCCAAGCCGAGUUGCCAGCAGCCACCCUACCCGCAAUUCAAGACGAGGAGCAGGAGGCCGCACGGCAGCAUGAUGACUUCGUUUUCAUCGACAACGAGGCUCUUCUGGAUGCGCCUGCCUUGCCGGGACGCACACACGAGGAACCCAGAGAGCUCGAAACGGUCAGCUCGCAAAUGAGCGAGAAGGCACCAGCAAAGAAACAGAAGAAGCCGAGAAAAGUGAAAAUAGACGAUGCCAAUCAGAUUGCUCGGGUGAAGAUUGGAGCAUGGCAAGACGACUACAUUCAGAAUUGCGGCGCGAAGCUGACCAAGCCGGCUGGCAUCAAGCAAGCACGAGAAAACGCGAUCCAUCUGACUUUCGGUCUCGGCCUCGGAAACGUCGGACAGAGCUUGGGUGUACUUGGGAUGAUCCACCCGUUGGCUGUCAUGUACUCUGGAGACUCGCUCUACACCACUCUCACCGGCUACGAAGUUGAUACAUUGCUAGGCAAGCGCCGGUCCACGCGGGAGCCGUCUGGCGACUCUGACGAGAUUGGUCGGCGCGUGCGGCCACGACUGAAUGACUUAGGCGAGCAUGGACUUGACAAUUACAACACAGAUGCUGGACAGCACGUCUUCGAUGACGACGCAUACCAUCGCCAAGCACGAGAAGAGCUCGAAGUCGGCCGCGAGGCCCAGGCCGCCAUGUCCGACGCGCCCUCCUCUGCCAUGCGAAUGCCUUGGGCCCGUGACUCCUCUGUGGUACCUGGUUCCUCCGUGAAAGGCCAUGGCUCUGCGCAACGCUCGCGUCACAAGCUCGUCAGCCCUUCACAGGGUCGUGGCCAUCUGCCCGACAUCGAACGACUCAGCGAUGACGCACAAGGGGGCUGGCGCGAUGAUGCUGGCGACCUUCCAUCCUUUGAUGGCUCCUUUGAUGGUGCUGUUGGCAGAGGCCACUCUCCGGCUGAGCAGGAUGAACCAGGAAACAUGCCUCAAGGCGCGGCCCUUCGCACCACUCUCGACGUUGAGGGUCAAGAGUUCUUUGACUUCAUGGAGGCGGCCAUUGAGCUCAACGGGGAGCGCCUUGAUGACGAUAAAAGCCACGAGAGCCAGCAUGUUCGCAGCCACAAGUGGAUGCGCUUUGACGACGCUUUUGUGCCUGAGCAGACGGCCCGAACGGUCGCCGCUCGAGCAUUUUACAACGUUCUCUGCCUCGCGACCAAGUCGCAAAUCAUGAUUCGCACCUCGGAAAUGCAGCCUCCCGGUCAGAUCUGGCUCGGCAUGCAGAGUGUGUCGACGACGGCAACACAGCAAGCCAAUCCAUGA